GAAGAGACUAAAGGAAAAUUGACUACAAAUUAGGCCAAUUUCAGUCUUGAUACACGCGUGGGGCGAGGAUUUCCCGGUGACGGGAUUGAGUUCUCCCGCGUCAGGCGAUGAAGGCGAGGGUUUGUCGGACCGCCACCGCGAAGAGCCGGGGAGAGAGGCGAGCUCUGGCUGAGCAGCGGAAGGAGGGAGAGGGCUUCGACAUCGCAGCUUCCGACUGCCGCUGCCCGCCGGCCGCGCUUCCGCUUGCUCCUCGCCGGCGGCCGAGGCUUCGAUCUUGCGCAUCCCUGCUAGGACACAACUCGCGCCGUGGGCAUUGUCGCGCCUGCGAGGAGAGUCAUCGAGAAGUUCAGCUGGCAGUUGCAGAUAAAUCGGGUGAUGCACAAUGGCAGAAUCUGAUAAGGGCUUGCCUCAAGUUGGCAUGAUAUUCAAAAGUAAAGAAGAGGCUUGGCUUUUCUGGGUUGCAUAUGGCGGUCGUGCAUGCUUUGAAGUGAGGAAGAGAUACCCCAAUGUGAACAAGUCUGAUGGUAUAGUAACAUCAUGCAGAUUGUGCCAAGGAAGGUAUUCAAGAAAAAGGAGAACCAGAAUCCAUUCAAAAGUGUUUUAGGGCUGAAAUAAGAACUAAGUGUGGUUCUAAGAUGACUAUUACAUUUCAUCGCAACUCUGAAGUGUUUGAAGUAACAGAUAUUGAUCUUGAACACAAUCACCUCCUUCACUUGCCACAAACCCGCCAGCUCAUGGUGUCACAAAGAAAAAUUUCAGAAUUUCAAGCUUUUGAAAUUGAAGAUGCGGAUGAUUCUGGAAUUAUGCCUAAAGCUGCAUAUGAGCUUGCUACUCGUGGAGCCGGUGGACCAUUCAAUCUUGGAUACACUUGCCGUGACCAUAGAAAUUUUCUACAAACCAAGAGGCAGAUGGAAUUGGCUUUUGGUUAGGAGGGUAGCAUGUUAAAGUAUUUUCAUGACAAAAUUGCCGAAAAUCCAUCAUUUCAAUAUUCUUUGCAGCUGGAUUGUGAGGAGAAUAUAACAAACAUUUUCUGGGCUGAUGCUAAAAUGAUGCUAGACUAUGCACACUUUGGUGACAUAGUCACAUGAUGUAGAGGCGGUCUUCACGGAAUCAUAUCAUGGACUAUGUACCUUCCACAUAAUGCAAAAUGUUGGCAAACAUCUAUCACCAAUCAAGGGUGAAGAUAAAGAUGAGGUCGAACAAAAAGAUGGUGUUGUAGAGAAAGAUGAAGAUAAAGAACCACAUAUUCUUCAAUAUUUUGGUGCUUGUAUGUAUGGCUAUGAAGACAAGGAAGCAUUUGAAGAAGCAUUUGCCAACAUGAGGUGUAAAGUGCAUAAGCAAACUUGGUUCGAUAGUAUCUACAAAGUAAAGGAAAAUGGGCUGAAUGUUUUAUGAGAGAUGUCUUCAGUUUGGAAGUGAGAAGUACACAACUAAGUGAGAGCUUCAACAAUGCAUUGAAGAACCACUUGAAAUCAGAUUUCCAUAUUAUCAGAAUUUUGAAGCAUUUUGAAAGGACAGUGGAUGACAAAAGAAACAAGGAGUUGGAAUCUGAAUUUGAAUCAAGAAAAAUAUACCAAGAAUCAAGAUGAGCACCCCCAUGUUGGUACAAGCAAGCAAAGUGUACACGCCAAUUAUUUUUGAAGGUUUCCAAAGUGGGUAUGAAAGAUCCAUGGUUGCAUGCAUUAAAGUAUUGGAUGGAAACAAAUAUGUUGUUGCUAUUGGUAGUUUCCAUGGUGAUUUAACUUUUGAGGAUGAGCGCUUAGUGAUAGAUGAUCCUCUAAACAAAAUAACUAUAUGCUCUUGUCGAAUGUUUGAAAGGACAGGAAUAUUGCGUGGACAUGGAAUGAAAGUUCUAGAUAUGAUGAACAUAAAAACAUUGCCAACACAUUAUAUCUUGAAGAGAUGGACUAGAGAAGCACGUAAAGGGAGUAUAUUGGACAAGCACAGAAGGAAUGCUGUAGAAAAUCCAAAACUCGAAGCCAUGCUUUGGUACAAGGAACUAUCUCAUAAAUUCCAUACCAUGGCAUAUAAAGUGGCCUCCUCUGCGGAAUGGUGUUUGUUUCUAGAAAAUGCACUUGAUUACCUUGGUCCAAAGUUGGAGGAAAAAUCAAAUGCAUCGACUAGUGAUAUGAAGGAAACAAGUAGAGACAAGGAAAAUGCUGACCCAAAUGUUGAACAAAUGGAUGAGCUGCUACAAGCUACACGGCUGAAGAAAAAAGAAGUUCAAUCAAAAACAUUGAAGAGAAAGAAAACUUGGCUUGAUAAGUUGUGUAAGGGCAAGCGGAAGGCAACUAAACCAUCCGUUUCAACCAAAAAAGGAGCAAAGCAACAAAAGAAAAAAAAAGAUGAUGUACAACCUCAAGUAGAAGUGAAAUAUGAUGGCGAGAAGAAAGAAGCCAAUGUGGAGAGUGAAAACUACAAUGUCAUCGAGAGUUUUACCCAACUCCUCACAACUCCUUCUACUUGUGUUGAUGAUGGUCUUUAUGGUGGAAAUCUGUACUAGUGUAUAAAUGUUGGUUGCACGGUACUUUCGGAGCUAACUAUAGUCUUUUGGGUAUAUAUUUUGGGGGUUAACUAUAGUAUUUUGAGGCCAAGCACAACCGAGGAGA